UGUCCGGUCGCUCGAUGCAGAAAAAUUGCUUGAAAAAUGUCCGAGGAAACGGAUAAUCAAAAUAAAAUAAAAGGGGCAUCUUUCAUCUUCGAAAUUUACACUUGGGAGCAAAAUUCCUAUACAGCAAAUAAUUUAAUAACAAUUCAUUUUAGAAUUAUUCGACCAAUAUAUUUUUUUUUUUUGUUCUUUUGCUAAGUCCAGUUAAUUACUAAAUACUUGUAAGUCCAAUAUCUAAAACACGUAGUUCAAAUAUAAACAAGUAAUUGCCUCCUCGUAAAACUUUCUUUGUAGAACGGCAGAGUCGAGUCGGUUCCAUCGCUGUCCUUGACGUUCGAUCGUCGUUUUCCUUUGAACCGGAAAAAUUUAUUUGAAAUUUCUACCCAUUGUCCGCGACGGCAAGGGAAAUUCGAUUCACGCGACUCGUUGCGCGAUUUCUCGACGUUCAGUUUCGAGCUGAAUAGAUUCCCCGGGCAGAAGUUGCUCGUCAUGAAUGCCACCGAUCGUGCAUGCAUACAGAGGCUUUACACGUCGAUACAUUGUGGCACAUAUGGGAUCAACGUGGGGCGUGAUCGAUCAGUGACGUGUUACUGAAACAGCCGGCUAACGUUGCUCCUUUCCGCAGUGUCUCAUGAAUGUCGCGCGUUAUGCGAAUCGAUUUUCGAUUGUGCCAAUUUUUCCCGUCCUCCUCGCGAGUGCCGAGGCAUGAGACGUCAUUUUCAAUUAAAACGAUCGCUCGAAAUAACAUAUUAAAUUUUUACGUUCGGAUGAUGCUUGAAACUUUUAAUACGAGGAAGUGUUUUAUCUUUUGUGGUUUUAUUUUAAGCUAGAAGGAUGUUCUCUAGAAUAUUUAAAAAGGCUUGGAAAAUUAUAUACACAAGCCAAAAGUUGUUAACCUGAAAAGAACCUCUGGGAAGCAAGUUCCUCGUCGUUUAUCAACGUCCACGUUGUAAAACGGACUUCCAAUCGUGCAACCUUACAAGCAACAAUAGAGAUAGGGGUCAUUCGACCGGAGAGCCGACGAACAUUUUCCAGACAGCAGCCCCCGCGUCUAUCGACCAAAACGCAACCGUUUAUGUACCGUUCGACCUGCUAAAACGUAGUGCGUAACGCGAACAAAAAAAAAAAAAAAAAAACAGACUCGAGGUCGCGCCAUGCCGAUUACCCAAACUUCCGUAACGCGAUACCAGAAUUAAUUUUCACGCUUGAAAGAAAAUCUAUCGAGUGCGUCGCGAAAAUCCGAGAGCUUCCGCGACGAUUGUCUGGAAAGGGGGGGCCGUGAGCGAUCGAGAAUAGGAUCGUUCGAUAAAUCAAGGGUGUCUCUGGAUGUUAUCGGACCGUGUGCCAGUGUCGUGUGUCUGAAAAGCCCCGAAAUCGGUCGGUGAACGGAAGAGGACUCGAGAUAAGGUACGCGAGGGAGCGGAAGGAACCAUGAGCAACUCAGGAGCCAUUCCCCUGAUCUUGGUGAAGAAGGAGCAGCUCGUCGAAGGCGAUGGCGGCGGCGCCGGCGGAGACGGCGAGAUGGGGGGAGGCAAUUCCGAGAAGAAGACGGGAUACGAGACUAAUCUCUUCCUUUACAACGAAGAGAUGGAGGACCGACCUCGGAUCUCGACGCUGCUCAACAGUCUGUCGAAUUAUAGCAACACGAUCCCGGCUGCGACCGAUCCGGACAGCAGGGCACCUCCGGUGCAAGGCGGCGCACGAAUGGGAACGCUGAUUGGUGUCUUUCUACCUUGCAUCCAGAAUAUCUUCGGCGUGAUCCUCUUCAUCCGUCUCACGUGGGUCGUGGGCACGGCUGGCGCCAUACAGGGCUUCUUCAUCGUGCUCUGUUGCUGUUGCGUGACAAUGCUGACCGCUAUCAGUAUGAGCGCCAUCGCAACCAACGGCGUGGUACCCGCCGGUGGGUCCUACUUCAUGAUAUCCAGAAGCUUGGGUCCAGAGUUCGGUGGGGCCGUAGGGAUGCUCUUCUACACAGGCACCACUUUGGCCGCUGCCAUGUACAUCAUCGGUGCAGUUGAGAUCGUCCUGACUUACAUGGCGCCGUCGCUGAGCAUAUUUGGGGACUUCACCAAGGAUCCAAGUAUCAUGUACAACAACUUUCGAGUGUACGGUACGGGUCUACUGGUGGUGAUGGGCACCAUCGUCUUCAUUGGCGUCAAGUUCGUCAACAAGUUUGCCACGGUUGCACUUGCCUGCGUUAUUCUCUCCAUCGUGGCUGUUUACGUGGGACUCUUCUACAACUUCUACGGCAACGAGUCCCUCAAAAUGUGCGUCCUGGGUAGGAGGUUGCUGAAGGACAUUGACGUGAUGGCGGACUGCAAUAAAAACACCAGUGGAGUCCUCCAUCAAAUCUACUGCAAGAGCAACAACAGCCUGCUCCCAAACAAUUGCGAUCCGUACUACAUGCAGAACAACUUGACCAUCAUCAAUGGAAUUCGUGGCCUGGCCAGUGGUGUAUUCUUAGAAAACAUAUGGGACAGCUUCCAAGAGGAAGGUCAGCUAAUUGCUUACGGAAGCGAUCCGAAGGACAUCGAUAUGAUGGCGGCAUCCUCCUUCAAUCAGAUUCAGGUCGAUCUCACCACCACCUUCACCAUCCUCAUCGGCAUAUUCUUCCCUUCUGUCACGGGUAUCAUGGCGGGCUCAAACAGAUCAGGUGACCUGGCAGACGCCCAGAAGUCGAUCCCAAUCGGUACCAUUUGCGCGAUCCUCACUACGUCAACGGUGUACCUCUCCUGCGUGUUGCUGUUCGCUGGCACGGUAGACAAUCUGUUGCUGCGAGAUAAGUUCGGUCAGAGCAUCGGUGGCAAGCUGGUAGUGGCCAACAUGGCCUGGCCGAACCAAUGGGUGAUCCUGAUCGGUUCGUUCCUCUCCACUCUUGGCGCUGGUCUCCAAUCGCUGACGGGUGCCCCUCGACUGCUCCAAGCCAUCGCCAAGGACGGCAUCAUUCCGUUCUUGACGCCGUUUGCCACCAGCUCCAAACGCGGCGAACCGACGAGAGCCCUCGUGCUAACAAUCAUCAUCUGCCAAUGCGGCAUCCUCCUCGGCAACGUCGACUACCUGGCUCCCUUGCUCUCCAUGUUUUUCCUGAUGUGCUACGGAUUCGUCAACCUGGCCUGCGCCUUGCAGACUCUCCUGCGAACGCCCAACUGGCGACCUAGAUUCAAGUACUACCACUGGAGUCUGUCUUUCCUCGGUCUGUCCCUUUGCAUCGCCAUUAUGUUCAUGACCAGCUGGUACUACGCGCUGUUGGCCAUGGGUAUGGCUGGCUGCAUCUACAAGUACAUCGAGUACCGUGGCGCUGAGAAGGAAUGGGGCGACGGUAUCCGUGGUUUGGCUCUGUCGGCCGCUCGUUACUCCCUGCUGCGACUGGAAGAGGGGCCACCUCACACGAAGAACUGGAGGCCUCAAAUUCUCAUUCUGGCCAAAUUGACGGACGACCUGGUGCCCAAGUACCGCAAGCUCUUCGCGUUCGCCAGCCAGCUGAAGGCGGGCAAGGGUCUCACCGUCUCCGUCAGUUGCAUCGGUGGUGACUACAUCCAGAACUCUGGGGAAGCUCUGGCCGCCAAGCAGAGUCUGCGCAAGACGAUAACCGAGGAAAAGGUCAAGGGAUUCGUCGACGUUCUGGUGGCGAGAAACAUCGUCGAUGGUUUGAGCUCUUUGGUCCAGACCACUGGACUCGGUGGAAUGAAACCUAACACCGUGAUCCUUGGCUGGCCUUACGGCUGGAAACAAUCGCAGGAUGAGAGGACCUGGAGAGUCUUCUUGCAGACGGUCAGAGCCGUCGCAGCGGCUAGAAUGGCUUUGCUGGUGCCCAAAGGAAUCAACUUCUUCCCAGACUCGACGGAGAAGGUGGUCGGUUAUAUCGACGUCUGGUGGAUCGUGCACGACGGUGGUCUUCUGAUGCUGUUGCCGUUCCUGCUGAAGCAACAUCGCACGUGGAAGAACUGCAAGAUGAGGAUCUUCACCGUGGCUCAGAUGGAGGACAACUCCAUCCAAAUGAAGAAGGAUUUGAAGAAGUUCCUGUACGACCUUAGGAUCGAAGCUGAGGUGGAAAUCGUAGAAAUGAUGGAUUCCGAUAUAUCUGCCUACACGUACGAGCGAACCCUGGUGAUGGAACAGAGGAACCAGAUGCUGAGGGAGAUGCGGCUGAACAAGAAGGAGUCCCUUGGAGUGGUGCCGACAUUGGUGGACUUCAACGAGGUACCCGCCGAAGAAAAUUUACCUCUGGUGCAGACGAUCGUGGACCAUCACCACAACGUGGACGUGAAGAUCGCCACCAAGGUGAGAUUCCAGGAGCCGGGAAGCCAGAACGCGAACGUGGACGAGGCGCAGGAGAAGCUCGUGCAGGAUACAGAGUCGGGCAAGGAUUCGGACGGAGGCGACAACAACGAGGGCGUGGAGGAGACGAAGGACGGCGACGAGGAAACCAAGUUGAUCGCCGGCUCGCCCAAGCAGGACAACAAGGAGAACACCGAGAAGGAGGCGAAGGAGAGCGAAGAGAAGAAAACUGAGAGCCCUGAGACGAAGCAAAUCACGAUUACACCCGACGAGGGUGACGUGAGGCGUAUGCACACUUCCGUGAAGCUAAACGAAGUGAUCGUCGAAAAGAGCCAUGACGCUCAGUUAGUCAUUCUCAAUCUUCCUGGACCACCACGGGACACUAAAAUGGAACGUGAAUCAAACUAUAUGGAAUUCCUAGAGGUUCUCACCGAGGGUCUGGACAGGGUGCUGAUGGUGCGUGGCGGCGGACGGGAGGUGAUCACCAUCUACUCGUGAACUAGACCGGGAGGAAUGGAAGUAACCGCCUCGCAAAAGCAGAAAUCUAGUUUACUUCUUAAAGACCUAAACGACUUCACCCUAAGGAACACGUUGCUCUUGUGCCAUUGUCUGAGCAGUCACUUGCGUUUCGCGUUGUGAACAUACGGUUACCGAAGAAGAGUACGUACGAAUCCCGAUUGACGAUGCCGUAUUGGCGGACUCCGGAUCGACUGGAUCGAGGGGAGCUCGUAGGCUCGUUAUAAGCUAAUCCUCGAGAAGGCCAAAAGUGACAUGCCAAAGGAUAUAAGUUUCCUUUAACUGAAUUUCACAAUGUAAACUAGGAUACGUAGGAUCUAUCUUAUUUACACUCGUCCCUUUCGAUGAGAUAGACAAUGUGGUUUUAUCCGUAUCGCGAAAACUCUGCGCGGCAAUACAAGAGAGAAAAAAAAGAAAAAACCAGACAGGUAGUACACAGAGCGUAUCUCGAUCUUAAAUAUUGUAAUCAGGUUGACUCCGACGAACCGCGCGAGCAGAUGUUGUUGCUCGUCGAGUGGAAGAGUUUUGAUGACGAUGAGAGAGAAUCGACGAGGAAGAACCGACACGUCCCGAGUAAACUCACUCCGAUUCUAAUUAACUCCCAUUGAAACUGAAAUCAAAAUUUUUUGGUCCGAGGCUAAGAUCGAAGCAUCUACGAAACCACUGCCAGAAUACUUUCUAAAUGCUUCGCGUUUAACCAAAGACGCGAGAGGCUCAUUUUUCUACACGCAUUGUCGUUAUAGAGAGUAUAAUAGGUAUGUAUAAUUCUACUGCUUAUAGGUGAACUUAGGGUAGCAUAGGAUAGCGCGUUGAAGUACGCCGACGAACGCGCACGCGCGGCGGAAGUUCGGACGAACGCUGCAGCGUGAACAGCUUUACGUGGACGUACGACUCCUGCACGAAUGCACCUGUGCUCGCAGAAGUCGCGAGAACGCGUCCCUCUAAUUCAUAGAAAUUUUACGCGCGGACUAAGACGUAAUGACGAGGUGGAAACCAAACUUACUAGAAAAUUCUGAAAGUUACAAUGCGCGACACCGCGCUGCUACGACUAUAGAGAUAGUUGAAAUUGUCUAUCUAUUAAGAAAAGUAUAUUACUGCCAAAGUCUUGAAAUCGUUUACUAGGAUUACUCGGACACCGACCGUAGUAGGUCUAAUGUAAAAGGGAGUUCGAACUCUCGGUGCGUUACAAAGGAUACAGUACCCAAGAAUUACUUGAAAAUAUCGGAGACUAACAGCAAUAGGACUACCGUACAAACUAAUCGAACUGUACUGGCCGAAGUAUAAACUAAAAGUAAAAUUCUUCAUACUAAUCUGCCUUGCUGCGAUGCUACGACGAGAAAGACUUACAGCGAUAGGGUUAUCGUACUAGCUCAAGCUCUUAACAUGCUAAAGAAUAUAUUGCCAAGAAAUUUUUAAAAAUUACUAAUAUAUCAAAGGUUAACCAAGGAAUUGGUGAAUAGUUCUCGAAGUUACUGAUACGUAUAUCGAUACACACGCCGAUGCAACCGAUACCACUGUCUCUGACAACAGUAGCACCGAGAAAAAACCAAUUGAAAUUCUCCAAAGCAUCGCAUAAACGUAUUGCUACGGUAUCCUAGAUAUUACCAAUUCGCAUCAUCAAUGAUCAACGGCAACAACAUUCGGUACUAACAUCUGUACGCACAGACCCUCAACCCUGAGACUCUCUUCACCGUUUUAUACUUCGAUAUAUAUACUCGUAUCUCAAGCACGUAAAUCUUGCGUUCCCAUAAAGGUUCAGGCAGCAGCGUUCUCCUAAAAUAAAGUAAACCCGACGCGUAUAUUCGGGCAUCUCCUUCAGGACUGAAGUUCGUUUUUCCAUUGUACGUUCUCGACCUUCUCGCGCGUCGAAGUCUUUGUCUAGAUUCGCGUCUAUAUACUGUCCAAGGCCUACUGGUCCGUUUCACCGCUCUGAAAGGAACACAUCUCCGCGUACACACAGAACACACACAUAAGUAAACAGUCUUCUGCGAGCACGGAUUCGCGUAGAUCAUACAGAGACGAACAAUGAAUGCCAAAAAAAAAAAAAAAAAAAAAAAAAAAUUGAAGUUUAGAA